CCAUGAUUUCUGAUUUCCGGCGAAUUCAAAAGUUUUCAAAGCUGAGAGCUGAGGCUUCUUAGCUUGUUAUUCAAGUUGGUAUGGUUGUAGCAGAUGCAGAUAGUCCUGGCCCAGUCAGGAAAAGAGCCAAGUUAUCAUUGAAAUUUCUUAAAAGAGGUUCAACUGAUUCAUCAACCAAUACCCCAACAUCAGUCAGUGAGAAGAAAGAGCCUUUGAUUGCUAGGGAAGUGAGUGAUGAUUUAACAGAGAAGAAUGUUUCUUUUGAUGGAGAUACCAGCAUUACUGAAAGUUCUGUUGUUCCUGCUGUUUCAUCUUUAGAAAAUUUAGGUAAUACCUGUUUUCUGAACAGUGUUCUACAGAUACUCAGAUUUACACCAAGAUUUCUGGACAGAUUAGAUGAUUUAUACCAAGAACUAGUACAAACAGAAAAGUUACAGAAACAAGAUAAACAAUUAAAGGGAGAUGAAGAUGAAGACUAUAAAACACCACAGACAUGUGAACUUGUUAAAUAUUUGUACAAGUUGUACAGAACUAUGGAACGACAAGAAGAAAAACACCACGACAUUGCUACAGAAGAUGUUAUGUCCAUGGCAAUCAAACCAGAGAAAAUUUUAGGUGCAAUCAGGGAGCUAAAUCCAAUGUUUGAAGGUAGUUUACAACACGAUGCCCAGGAAUUAUUGAGGUGCAUUCUAUGUUAUCUACAAGAUGCAGAAAAGGAAAUUUUUAAAUUGAAGAAUUCUAUUCAACCAAUGACAUUACCAAAUACCAACAAACUAAUAAAUCCCAUCAUGCAAAGUUUUUUAUCAGCAGGAAAAGUAGAGAUGUCAAAAAGGGAUUGUUCCAUUUCUCAUGCUGAGAAUGUCAGCCAAGAUUUAUUUCAUAAACCUUUUAUCUCCACUGAAGAAAAUUGCAAUAAAACAGAUUUACUUGAACAGAUGGAUGAAAGUGAAAGUGCUAUGACUGGAGGGAGUGUUGAAAUUAUCUCCCCUGAAAAGAUGCCAGAAUGUCAAAUUGCAGACAUACCUCUUGAAAACAAAGGAUCUGAUUGUAUAAGUAUUAAAAGGCAAAGAAAAAAGAAUUUAAUGAUCAAUGCAAAUAGUGAGAAUAUUAUGUGUAAUGGGAAGGAAAAUGGUGUAUUAUGCAGGUCUGAAAUUUCAGGGGAAAAUGACUCACAGAAAGAUAAUCAGCUAUCUAUAAUGGCUAUGUUGAAAGGAAGUGCUAGUUGUAAAAGAUUGGGUAUGAGGGGAGCAGUGUUGAAAAACAGAAUGAAUAUUAACAAUAACAACACCACUGAGGACAAUCUAAUAUCAAAUCAAGAAAGAGAACUGUUGUCCUGUAUUGAUGGGAUGCAUGGAAUUCAAAAUACAAUGGAGAUAGAUGAUGAUUUAAGUUCUAAAACAAAUAUUUGUAAUGGAGGAAAAUUUAAAGAAAGUGCUUCACCUUCCAAAUCUUCUUACAUCAGAAAACCUUUAAGUAACGGAUUAUCAGAUGCAAAAAUUUCGUCAUUAUCUGAAGGGUCUGUUAAUUUAAAAAAUUCACCGCUGAAAAAUGGACUUUUGAAUUUAAAGAAUUCACCUCUGAAAAGUGGGAUGCCAGUUAUUAAACUAGAAAAGUGUGAUCAUGUUUGUGAUAGUCCUAAAAAAUCUGUCAGUGCAGCAUAUGCAACACAAACAUUGACUCCAACAAACUCACCAAAGAAUAAAGUUCUCUCUGCUAUGGCAAAACUAGAUUUCUCUGAUCAAAACAACACAAGUGCUAAAAAGAAAGAUUUUGUAGAGAAAUUAUUCAUGGGGACACUGAUGUUAAGAACAAAAUGUACAGAAUGUGAAUUUUCACGAGAAAAAAUAGAGGAGUUCCAUGAUAUUAGUGUUGCUGUUCGGAAGGAAAAUAUUGAGACGAGUGAUGAUGAAGAUGAUGCCAAAGAGGAAAACUGCCAAUCAGAUGAGGAUGAAGACGACAAAGAUCCAUCAUUACCAAAGUUACUGGAGUCAUUCAGUGAAGUAGAAAGAUUACAGGGAGAUAACAAGUAUUUCUGUGACAAAUGUCAACACCAUGUAGAGGCUGAAAGAUCAUUGCAUUAUAAUGUUUUACCUGACGUACUGUCAGUUCAUCUAAAAAGAUUUUCUACAGUAUCAGGGAUAUUUGGCUAUAUGUCUAAGAUAAAUGACCAUGUGAGGAUACCGCUGUCAUUGCCUUGUUUACGACACAAAUGUCCGAGACCAUGCAGUAGAUCUGAUCAUAGGUACAGAUUAUAUGGCUUAAUAGCCCAUGCAGGAGUGACAUUGACCUCUGGACAUUAUCUGACUUAUGUACGUGUAUUUCAUUCUGUACAAGAAUCAUCCGGAUCUCAGGACUAUUCCUCUCCAUCCAGCUCCAAAUCUCCAGCCUUAAAUAGGAGCUCACUAACCUCAUUCAACUCUCAAUCUCAGAGAGCUUUGUCAGAGUCACCACGUGGAGACAAUCUGUCAAAGUUUGUCAAGAUUCCAUCUCAGAAGUAUGAGGAUUGUUGGCUGCAAUGUGAUGAUGAAUCGGUGAAAGUAUACUCUGAAGAAAAAUUCUGCAGUAUGUUGCAAGAUGGAUCUCUGUUAGGGACCCCAUAUGUUCUGUUUUAUCACAAACAAAACAAAGUUUAGUUAGGAGAUCCACAACAUACAUAUUAUACAUAGACAACAUUGUUUUGAUAAAUAGUAGCAGUAUUUUUAUCAAAACUUAAUAAAAAAACAUUGUAGUUGUAAAUUUACUGUCUUAAUAGAUUUGUAUUUAUGAUGUUUAUGUCUUUAAUAUUUGCUAGUAGACCUAGUUCAAUUGAAUGAACUGAAAUACUACAAAGUAACAUACAUCAAACUAAAUUGAAGCCAAACAUGUCUUAUUAUGCCAUUCUGUCUAAGGAUCACACAUAAGGCCAAAAAUGAAAUUUAAUUUGUUUGAUGUUGCCUACCUACCCACUUUAAAAGAAGCCGACCUGAAAAAUUUUAUGACAAAAAUCUUUUCAAUUUUUUUUUUAAAGAUUUGUUUCCUGCUCUAACUUUGUUUUCUUGUCUGAUAGAUGAAACUUAUGUUAAUGGCAAAAAACAAAAAAAAAAUCCCUACCUACCUACCUAACCCUAUAAGGCAUGGGUAGGCAACAUCGAACAAACAAUUUUUAUACCCCCGCCGUAGCAGAGGGGGCAUUAAGUGUUACCCUUGUCUGUCCAUCACGUCCGUCCCCAAAAUUGGAUUCUGUUCUCUAACUUUAGUUUGCCUCAACCAAAUGUUAUAAAACUUAUAUACAAUGCUAAUUACCACAAAACACAGAUCAAGUUUGAAAUUAGGUGGUGUCACUUUUACCGUUCAUGAGUUAUGCCCCUUUAUAAACAUAAAAAUUGCUGAAUUUUUUGUUUCUGUUCUCCAACUUUAGUUUGCCUCAAACAAAUGUUAUAAAACUUAUACACAAUGCUUAUUACCACAAAACACAGAUCAAGUGUGAAAUUGGGUGGCAUCACUUUUAUCGUUCUUGACUUAUCUCCAUUUAUUUAAGGGUGGCCUAAGGUAUGGUAAUUUUUCUGAACCAGUUCAAGACCAUUGUCAUACAAACAUGAUGUACUGUAACAUCAUUUCCUUUUUUGGGAUAAAAAUCUUUAGAAUGUAAGAAUAGAGUUUGAAACAACACAUAAAAUUAUUAGACUUUCAACAUAAAAUGUAAUCAAGAGAAGUAAAGCAAGCUAGACAUUACAUUAUGUGCAUUUUCUUUUAUCUUAUGAUUAAUUUUAUGAUAGAUCUUAAAUGGGUUUUAACUACGAUUUAGACAAAAAAUUGAAAUAUGAUUUGUUUCUGUUGCAAUCAUUUAUAAAAGCAGAAAUGUGAAAUAAUAUUUCACUAAAAGUAGUCAGUUUGGUUCAAUUUCGUCAAAAGGAGCUGAAAAUACAUUGCUGAUGAAUUAUUGACUUGAAAGUCUUAUGUAAUAAUUUAUCCUCAUUUGGAUCUAUAUUUAUUGGAACUUUAUUCGACCCUUACCCAGAAAUGGGUAACACAUGUUUUUAUUUUUUAAAAAGAAAAGAAUGUCAAUAGUGAAAAGUGAAAUAAGGGAUCAAGUUGGAAAAACCAUUUCAUUGCCUGAUUUGACUUUUCUUUCUUAUACAGGUACACACAAUGAUUUACUUAUUUUUUUAAUCCAUGACAUGAAAUCAAACAGACCUAGGAAAAUUGUUAUAUACUAUUGCACAUGUUUAUAUUUAUAUUUAUGUUGACAUCAGGUUAUAGACCAUCAGCAUUCUUCAAAGGUCAUCUUGAUGGUUAAUUAGAAGUGUCUAGUGUAAAAUACACACGAAAUGCUGAUACAUUAUAACAAGUCCAUGCUUUGUUAAUUGUUUAUUAUUUGACAUUUUGUAAUUUGGAUGUAUGUUUUUAAAAAGUAUGUUAUAAUUCAAAUAUGAGAAUUUGAGUCAGAUUGGUAAAAAUGAAUUAGACAGCUGAUGCUAUAUGUUAAGACAACUAAUAAAAUGCAUUUUUUAAGAGGGUAGAGUGAACUGGAUAUCUCAUUUUUACAUUACUUAUCUUUUUUUCAUUUCAUGGACUUAACAUGAAAACAUGCCUAGAUUCUAGUUGAAACUUUGGAAUGAGGACCAAAUGUCCUUUGAUGGUCCUCUUUCAACAUGCCAAGGAAUAUGUUUAAAGAAUAGUCAUAUAAUUUUCUUCCAAUAUCAUUACUUGCAGCAGUUAUAUAGAUAUGGUAUUAUACAAAUAGAAAUAACAAUACGUGUCAUAGGACACCAAACCCAUCUGCACUAUCAUGUGUCCAUGUUCAGUAAACUGAAAUGGAGGUCAAAAUCAUAAUGUGUACAAAGUUUCAAGUUGAUGUAACCACAACAUCAUGGUAAAAUACCUUAACCAAAAAACAUUAACCCCAGAAUGUCCUUAUUUCACACUUUUACGUUUCUAUGUUGAGUGAACCAUGUAAUUCACUUCAAACAAUUUUGGUAAACAAUUUUAAAAUUUAUCAUCAUAAUGAACAUGUAUAACUAAGAAGUAUCAAGUUGAUCUGACCACAACUUCAUGGUAAACUCCUGGUACCUAUACCAAAAACUUUAACCUGAUAAAGACUUCUGGACAAGCUGAAGGACGGACAUCUAGGCAAGAAAACAUAAUGCCCUCCUGCUUCUGUAGGUAAGGCAUGAAAAUGUAAAUUGGAAAAAAAAAACAUUAUUGGAAUGUUGCUUUGGCGAUUUCUUAUAAAAUUAAGAUGGGAUGACCAUGCAUGAUUCAAAAUGGUUACUAUAUGUUUAUGGUUGGAACAAAAAAAAAAUCACUGAAACAACUGAACCAAACUAGUUACUUUUAAAUAGUUUUAGUCAGUAUUAUACAGUGGUAGCUUGCUAUGUGGUAUGGGUUUUGUUCAUUGUUGAAGUUGUCUCAUUGGCAAUGAUACCACCUCUUCUUAUUUUUAUGAAGAUACUAGUUACAGACUCUCUGGAACCUCUGGUUUUGUUUAGAUAUAGAUGUGUAAUUUAAGGGUAAUUUUUUAUUAACUGUUUGUGUUUGUUGAUGUUAAAAACAUGUAGCUGUAGUUGUAUACUGUAUGGUGACUUCAUAUUUUUAAAACCCUUUAGUAAUUAAGUUUCAUUCAUGAUGAUGAAUCAAUUUAACUAAUACCUUGUUUGCAAUCUGACCUGGGUUAAAAAGAAAUUAGUGUCAAAUGAAGACAUAAUUAUUUGAAAAAAUGUCAAGACUAAAUGCUGGCCUUUGAUCAUUGAUUGCAUUGUUUUGUAUUUCUUUAAUGCAAACCACUUUUGAACAACUAUGUAAAUUCAUAUAAAGUGUUUGUUUUAAUUACUUACACCUUGUAUAUAAUGUAAUCUGUUAUAAUGUAUCAUAUUAGAAUAUGAUGGGCAUCAGUAGCAAUAAAUGUUACAUUUGA